UCCCUGCUCUCAUACGCAAACGCAAGUCUUCUCUCUUCUCUCCCCCCGCGGCUCGCCGCCGCCGCCAUCACCACUCACGACGGCCGAUUCCGGCGAGCACCGGGGGCGGGUGGCAGAUCAACGAUCUCCCCACGCCCCGCUCCUUCCUCCCAUCCCUCCAGAUCCAACGGCGCCGAAGCCGAGGCCGAGGGUGGAGGCGACACCUCGUCCUCAUCCUCCUCGUCCUCCGCCGCCGUCUCCUCCUCCUCUAGUGCCCCUCCAGCGGCCGCAACAGCAGCCUCGCCGGCGGCGAUGAGGACGAGGACGGCGUCGACGACGGGGGCGGCGGGGAGUACGAACUCGUUCGGCGUCGUGCCCGUCAGGCCCGCCGCCGGGUACGGGGACCAGGAGGAAGAGGAGGCGAGAGAUUUGUUCGACUCCGACAACGAGGAGUACGUCAAGACCCUCCGCGUAGCAACUACCUAAUUCCAGCGCGGGAUGCGACAACGCAUUUGGCCGGAGGAGAACGUGGCAGCGGCAUCUCCUGGCGAUGGCGGUGGGCAGGCAAUGCUUCAAGGCGACGGGCUGAGGCGGCGGUGCAGGGAUCCGCUCGAUCUGCUGUUGCUGCUGAGGGCGGACGGGGGAGCCGGGUCGAGGUGGCAGGUUCGUCCAUGAUGCCAACGGAGCGAGACCAACGGGGAAAGGAACAGGGCGUGGCCUCACAUGGUGGCUUGCCGUCUGCUUCACUGUUUCAUACCUUUCUCUGUACAAUUUCUUCAGCUUCAGAAACUAUUUUAUUUUUAGAAGGGAUUUGAGAUGGUGCCCGACAUUAUAGUAAGUUCAAGACUGUUGCUGAAUGAUCGGUGUGUGCAACCAGACCUCCGUCCACUUGUUUCUAUGUUUGAAUAUUCACCGGUUCUUGAGAAUCUGACGCUUCAAUUGCGCAAGAUUUGCCAAGUCAUUUUUCCUUCGAGGUAUUUAGCAUUGCCAAAUUUAUAUAUUUACCUAAAUUUAAUCUUGACCCAAUUUGCUCUGGUCAAUACAUGCAUGAUGCCUUUUCUUUUCUAUAAACUGGAUGUAGGGUUAGUUUACUAUGCCGAUCCGAGCCAGCAUCAGGCGCGCCAAGCUCGCCGUCCACAUGCCUCCUCUUCGUCUGCAGCCGCAGUGCCAAAUCGCUCCCCAUCCGAGCAGAUGACUGUGCGUGAAGCACUGAGUUGCGCCCUUGAUGAGAUGUCUGGCAAUGCUUCUGUUUUCUUAAUGGGAGAAGAGACAGUUCAACGAACUGCUCUGAGAGGGGAUGUUGAGGGUGACGACGCCGACGAGCAAGUCGGCGUCUGUAAAGCUUCGCCGGAGCCAUUCCAGCUCUUUCAAAGCCACAAGGCAAGGAAGCCGAGGAACCAAGACGCCAACGGUGCGGAGCCGUUUGCCAUCGAGAGGACUAGGGCUGCCAUCAGGGACCUCUAAACCAAGCUCAACAUCUCCCUCGCGCCUCCAUCAACAUCGUGUCCCGGAGGGUCGUCGCCGUCCGUGACGGCGAGCUACUGCCGCCGCAUCGUCAGCCGCACGGUUAGAGGGAGGCAUCAAGGGCCUGCCACCGCUGUCGGGGCCGACAUGCGUGCAAUUUCUAUUAAUGCAUCUUAUGUUGCCAAACAGCAACAUGCUCCUGUCGAUCCUAUAUCAUUGUGGGCGUGGCAUACCAGUUUCUUCCUCAGAUGAUGUUCCAAUAUAGUAAGUUCCAUCAAGAAUUGCAUGUACAUGUGCCGCUAUCUUGAUCCAAAAAGGAAAGUAAAAAGGGUGUUCAUCUACCUGGCACCGCCCAGAUGCCCCUUAAGCGGCGCGCCCGUGGCGCGCCCCAACUACUAGUUCUUACUAAACAUGGCUAGAUUGGGGGCAAUGGAAUUAACUUCUUUUCUAACUUUAUCAAUCAAGUUUUCCUUGU